GGUGAGGCCCGCGGCCUGGGGGGAGAAAAUGGCUGAAGAUCCUCAGAGAAACUUCCGUUCUCACUAUUACGAAAAGGUUGGAUUCCGUGGCGUUGAAGAGAAGAAAUCACUCGAGAUUCUCCUGAAGGAUGAUCCACUAGAUGUUGAGAAGCUCUGCACCUUCGCUCAACGCUACCCCCUCCCAACUAUGUACCGGACUCUUGUGUGGAAGGUGCUGCUUGGUAUUCUUCCUCCUCACUAUGAAUCUCACGCGGCUGUGGUAUCAUUUCGGAAGGAGCAGUACCAGGACUUGUUGCAAGCGUUGCAGGUGAUCCGCUUUGUUGAAGACUCCACCCCACAAGUCUGGAUCUACCUGCGGAUGUAUCAGCUGGAGUGCGGAACACUCCCACGCAGACCCUCCCACUCACUGGGACCCGAGGACCAAAUGUUAAUCGCAAUUGCCGAAGCGAUGGACGAGAUGAUGGAGAAUGAUGUCGAUUCAUACUGGCUGGUCAAGUGUUUUGUGAAGCAAUUCUAUCAUAAAUACGGAGAUUCGCUGCCGCACUUGCCAAAGAGCCUUGAACAUUACCUGAACCUGGAAGACAGCAAACUCCUGGCUCACCUCCAAACUUGCUCGGCCAUCAAUAAACUUCCCUACGAUGUGUGGUUCACACACUGUUUUGCGGGUUACUUACCGGAAUCAAGCCUUCAAAGGGUUUGGGAUAAAGUCAUAAGCGGAUCGUGCAAAAUUUUGGUCUUCGUGGCCAUGGAAAUUUUAUUAACUUUUAAGAUGAAGUUAAUGGCAAUGAAUAAAGCGGAAAAUAUCACACAGUUCCUUCUCAACGUUCCUCAAGAGAAUACAGACGCAGUCAUCAGCAAGGCCAUUGAUUUGUGGCACAAAUACGUGGGGACUCCUAUGCACUCGGUGUAAUUAAUACUUCGAAUGAACGAGAUCGACCACUGUAUUCUAUGUAAUAAUUUAUUAAAAUAACUUUGCACAAA